GUCCAUGUCAUUGAAAAAGUGACCAAAUUAUUCCCAAUUGCCAGCCGCGAGACAGCUUCUGGCAGCUCCGGCAUCAGCUAUCAGCGUGUAAUUCUCCCCGCACUGCAGCAAUCAGUGACCUACCGAUAAGAAAAAUUACCCAUGCACUUGAUUCGCCAAGACCUCUUAUCGGGGCCCCGCUAUCAUGAUCAUUGCGCUAACAAGCUCCCUGUUACAAGCGUUGGAGGCACAUUGGUUGGCUGCUGUUUCACUCAGGCCGGCAGGUCUUUGCAGGACCAUCCUUCGAUGCCCGAGGAUCUUCGCUUCGACUCGACUCCAUCUUCAUCUCGUCAUGCAAACGUUUGAAACCUGCGAAUAGCUGCACCACCACCACCACCACCACCACCACUUCUCAGCAAUCACGACAACAACAUACCAAAAAGCUAAUUGACAACAUGGCGCACAACCACUCUGAAGGGGUCAUCAACCCCCUCAGACCAUACUACAUCCCGCCCACCAUCGGCGAGCCCGCAGUCGAGCCCAUGACGGCACCCGGUCCCCAUGCCUUCACCCAGGGAAAUGCGACCGACAACUAUGCCUCCAAGGCGCGAACCAUCUUCUCCGACAUCGACAUCGACUACAAGGAGUACCUGACUGACCAAUCGCCCUCGGUCAUGUCGACAGUCAAGGAAGUUCUCGACGAGCUGCUAUGGAAGUACAUGUCCGUCUUCAUGGCCCAGCCCUUCGAGGUCGCCAAGACCAUCAUGCAGGUCCGGGCCCAGGACGACUUGGGAGGGCUUGAAGCUCUCGCGGUAGAGCAGGCGAAGCAGAAGGCGGCGACGAACCAAAAGAUCCGCAUGUAUGAUGAGGAUACCCCCUCCCCCUACGACUCCGACUCCGACCAAGAUGAGAUGGCCUCCUUCUUCACAGCCAAGGUCCCCCACCGACCAGCCUCGCCAUCCCAAAGUCGCUCAGGCAGACCGAGAGAUCCGAGCCCCGGCGCAUCGACGCGCACCCCCAGCAAACAAGUCCCAGAACACCAACUUACAUUGCGCACGCCCAAUUCGGUGCUCGAGGUGAUUGCGCAGCUAUGGCAGAAGGAAGGAGCUUGGGGUGUGUGGAAGGGGACCAAUGCGACUUUCAUCUACUCAGUUCUGCAGUCCCUGCUAGAGAAUUGGUCGCGAAGUUUGCUUAGCGCACUCUUCAAUGUCCCGGAUCUGGGCGUACGAGGCGACCUAGACCGGUUAGUCGACAUUGCGUCACCAUACCCAUGGGCGUCACUCUUUGUCGCUGGCGCUGCCGCCGCCAUCACCGGCUUGAUCCUCUCUCCCCUGGACUUGGUCCGGACACGGCAUACUAACAACGUGUGUCUGGCCAGCCUCGUCCUAACCUCCGUCUCCCGCGGCUCCCGCCGCACCCUCUCCACCCUCCGAUCCCUCCCCUCCUACCUCUGCCCCGCCGCCCUCGUCAUCCCCACCGUCCUGCACUCCCUCAUCCACCCCGUCUUGAUGCUCUCCACGCCCCUGGUGCUACGCUCGCGCUUCAUGAUCGACCGCGAAGUCUCGCCCGUGGCCUUCUCCAUCGCCAAGUUCUGCUCCUCCACCGUCGCUUUAUUCAUCAAGCUACCUCUCGAGACCGUCCUCCGCCGCGGCCAGGCGGCCGUCCUCAGCUCGCCGCAGUACGUGGCUGCGCUGGAGCCCAAGGUGCCGACGGCUACCGCCAAGAGCAGGAGGGCGGCUGCUGCGGUGGAGAGGGGAGAGGAUGGUACGACGCCGCAGAUGGAGACGAUCGUCCCGCUGGGAAGGUAUAAUGGGCUGUUUGGAACCAUGUAUAGUAUUGUCAAUGAGGAGGGGUCGCAUGCGGCGCCGAUGACGGCGGCGGCGAAGAGGAAGGCGGCUGCCGCCAAGAAGAAGGGCGAUGCGACGGUGCCGCAGGUGAUUUAUAGGAGGGGACAAGGGUUUGAUGGGUUGUGGAGGGGGUGGAAGGUUAGUUGGUGGGGACUGGUUGGGUUGUGGACGGCGGGGGUGAUUGGGGGUGGUGGUGAUGGGGAGUUUUAG